GGAGGAGUAGUAGGACAGAGGGAGAGUUAAAGUGAAAGAACAAAAAACAAAGGGCAGCUCAAGGUACUAAGUCCACGCGGUAGCUGUCAUUCAACGGACUUCAACGGUUGCUAUGGAAUUUCUCGGCGGUUGUCAUGACAAUUCCUCUCACCGUCGUCGCUUUUUGUCGGUGUUUUCAGACAUUUUCGGACGCUUUACAAAAGUUUUUAGUUGAUAAAACGACAUGUCGGUAGGUUGCAAACUGUUUGUAGUGUGACUUUGGUGUCCCAGUUUAGAGGCAGGCUAUCCCGCGACAGGCGCGCACACACACACACACACACGCACACACACACACACACACACACACACACACAUCUGUAACAACAGACUGUCACAGUGACACAGACACGAGAAGGAGGAGGAGGACUGUGUCGACAUGCCUGUUCGACAGAAAGAUGCUCGACGAGCCCUUGAGCUUCUCCAGCAGUACCGGGCUAAGCUUGAUCAGAGGCAGCAGAACCAGGGCCGGUCCAAACAGGGCACUGGGGAAGAAGACCACCAGCUGACACAGUCUCUGGACAGAGUCAUCACUGUCUUCCAAAGUCAGCUGUUCAGCGCUUUGCUUGACAUUCAGGAAUACUACGAAUUGACCAUCCUUGCCGACAGCAAGUCUUCUGCAGACGACACAGACGGUCCACCGGAAUCCUUUAAUCUGCCAGCAGAGCUCUCAGCUCAGCCUUCCUCCGGUCCUCUGAGCCCUCAUGCUUCUGAAGGAUCACCACAGCCAAAACCUCUGACCCCUAAACCCAGGUCAUUCAAGUCCCCUGCCCCACCAAUCCCGUCAUCAGCGUCCACAACGAAGCCAUCCUCCCCUACAACCCCGUCCGUUUCACCUCAGUCACAACCAGCCAAAGUCAAGUACCGUGCUCCUCGUCCUCCUGUCCAACCUGAGUCCUCCAGACCAUCUGUAACAGAUACUCCUAAAGCCUCCUCUCCCUCUGCUGCCAUAUCACCCGUAUUCAGAUUGAAUGGUGUAGAAACCCCCACAGGCUCAAUAAGAACACCUCCUGGAGUAUCACUUAAUGGAACAAAGCCUCGUCUUACUGCCACAAUCUCUGAUGUUUCUGCAGAAAGUCCCGCCUCCUCUGCCAAUCCACAAGGCCGUCCUGUCUGUGCAGACCUCAACCUGGUGACUGUCUCAGCCCUCGUCUCCAGCACCGUCCAAGGCCUUGUGUCUCCAACCGCUCCAGAAAAACCGAGACACACAAGCACUGCUACUGCUACUGCAGUCACCAGCCCGGGUUUCAAAAAAGUGUCAGACGCCGCUAUAAUCUCUACCGCUCUUGCAAUAAGCAAAGACCCGGGCCCAGGCAAAGUCAGUCCCAGCACGAGUCCAACCAGCCCCAACCAAAGAUUUACCUUCAGCAGCCGCAGCAACGCAGUUCCUGCAGGGCCUUUGACUAAGGGGCCUCUUCUGAGUCCAACCAGCCCUGGGCCAGUAAAAGUCUCCUCCACUAGUCCAAGUCCAAGUCCCGCCAGCCCAUGGCCAGCUACAAGCCCACUGACCCCCAACAAGAAGUAUCGGUGUCAAGAAGAAGAAGGGGCGUCACCAGGUGCCCCAAGACUCCACCAACACCACUGCCUUCAGCACCCAAUGGGAGUAGCCAGAGAGCUGAGGGAUGGAGGGACCCUGGGGAGAGAUGGAGGGACUUUGGGGAGGGAUGGAGGGACUUUAGGGAGGGAUGGAGGAACUUCGGGGAGGGACGGAGGGACUUUCGGGAGGGAUGGAGGAACUUCGGGGAGGGACGGAGGGACUUUCGGGAGGGAUGGAGGAACUUCGGGGAGGGACGGAGGGACUUUCGGGAGGGAUGGAGGGACUUUAGGGAGGGAGGGGUCAACAUGGAGGAGAGAGGGAGGAGGCUACAUCGGGACAAUGGAUAGGGAAAGGGACCGAUCGCUUGGGAGGGACGGAUCUCUGGGCCGUCACAGUGACCUGCGGGGUGCAGAGCUGGUGCAGGUGGCGGAGCGGCAGCUGUCUCAUAUUCAACACGUUCACGGAUACGUCACGCACACACACGUCACACCCGCUCAGGUAGAAUCUCCUGACGUUCCCUAUGAUGACGAGGCGUGGCCUCACCCAGAGGGAGAGAGGCUGAACGAAGUCCCAGCCCCGCCUUUCUCCUCCCUCUAUCCUCAAAGCCACGCCUACUACCAGGCCAACCCCCCUCCAGUGGUGGUCAACACCGACAGCGUCGAAACCCCCCCUUAUGCCAAUGGAACAGAAGCAGACUAUGAGUAUGAGGAAAUCGCGCUGGAGCGGGGUAACUCAGGUCUGGGGUUCAGCAUCGCAGGAGGGACAGACAAUCCUCACAUUGGAGAAGAUCCUUCUAUCUUCAUCACCAAGAUUAUACCUGGAGGGGCCGCCGCCCAGAAUGGACGACUCAGGGUGAACGACUGUAUAGUCCGUGUCAACGAGGCAGACGUCAGGGAGGUGACCCACAGUGGAGCUGUGGAGGCGCUGAAGGAGGCAGGAGGUCUGGUCAGACUGUGUAUACGAAGACGGAGGAGCCUCACUGAGAGAGUCAUGGAUAUCAAGCUGGUCAAAGGGCCCAAAGGUUUAGGAUUCAGUAUAGCAGGUGGAGUUGGAAACCAACACGUCCCAGGUGACAACGGCAUCUACGUGACGAAGGUCAUCGAGGGAGGAGCUGCACACAAAGACGGACGUCUACAGAUAGGGGACAAACUUGUGGCUGUAAACGCCUCCUGUUUAGAGGAGGUCACCCAUGAGGAGGCAGUGGCUGCUCUCAAGUCCACGCCCGACGUUGUUUACCUGCGUGUGGCCAAACACACCUCCCUUUUAAUCAACGACAACUUCCCUCCGCCCGAUGUCACAAACUCUUACUCCCCACAUCAAGACAACCAUAUAAGCCCCUACAUGAGCGGCAGCCAAUCAGUAAGCCCUGCCCCGUUGACCACGCCCAGAUACUCACCGCUGCCGAGGGCUAUGGCUGGAGACGACGACAUCCCCAGAGAACCCAGGCGGGUGGUGCUCCAGCGAGGGUCCACGGGUCUUGGUUUUAACAUUGUCGGAGGGGAGGAUGGAGAGGGAAUCUUCAUCUCCUUCAUUCUUGCUGGCGGUCCGGCUGAUCUCUGUGGGGAGCUGCGAAAGGGAGAUCGCAUCCUGUCGGUGAACGGUGUAGACCUGUCCAGUGCAACACACGAGCAGGCAGCUGCAGCUCUGAAGAACGCAGGAACCAACGUUACUAUAGUAGCACAGUACAGACCUGAGGAGUACAGUCGAUUCGAGGCCAAGAUCCAUGACCUGAGGGAACAGAUGAUGACCAGUAGUGUCAGCUCCAGCUCCACGUCGCUCCGCUCCACACAGAAACGCACGCUCUAUGUCAGAGCGUUAUUCGACUACGAUGGAAGCACUUCAGAUCUGGGCGCGCCCAAUCAGAUCCUUCCAUUUCAUUUCGGGGAUAUCCUCCAUGUGAGCAGUGCGGGCGAAGAGGAGUGGUGGCCCGCACGUCACCUCAGCCCCCCGCCUCCAAACUGCCCUGAAGUUGGAGUCAUCCCCAGCCGCAGGAGGGCGGAGAAGAAGGAGAGGUCGAGGUUAAAGACGGUCAGAGUAACGAGGUCUCAGGACAGAUCGGAUCAGGAAGACAAAGAGCUGGUAACCUCUGGCACCAGCGAUAGUGAGAGUAGUUCCUCUGGCCAGGAGGAAACCUUGCUCACCUACCAACCUGUCAUGCAGCAGGAAGUUAAUUACUCACGGCCAGUCAUCAUGCUUGGACCAAUGAAAGAUCGGAUCAACGAUGACCUCAUCUCCGAGUUCCCGGACAAGUUUGGCUCCUGUGUCCCACACACAACACGGCCGCGGCGAGACUACGAGGUGGACGGCAGAGAUUAUCACUUCAUGUCCUCCAGAGAGCUCAUGGAGCGAGAGAUCCAGGAACACAAGUUCAUCGAGGCGGGACAGUACAACAACCACCUGUAUGGAACCAGCAUACAGUCUGUGAAAGAAGUGGCUGAUAAGGGAAAACACUGCAUACUGGAUGUAUCAGGGAACGCGAUCAAACGUCUCCAGAUUGCUGGCCUCCAUCCCAUCGCUAUCUUCAUUAGACCCCGAAACGUAGACAAUAUCCUAGAGAUGAACAAGCGUUUCACCGAGGAGCAGGCGAGGAAGACCUUCGACAGAGCCAUGAAACACGAGCAGGAGUUCACAGAGUUCUUCACUGCUGUAGUUCACGGAGCGACUCUAGAGGAGGUGUACUCGCAAGUGAAGCAGAUCAUCGAGGAGCAGUCUGGUCCUUACAUCUGGGUCCCCACCAAGGAGCGACUCUGAAUAAACACACCACGUGAUCACACACAUCACUCUUCAACACUCCCUACUUCUUGAAUUUUCUAUUAUCAGCCUGCUUCCUCUCUUUCUCUCUCCGUCUUUUACACACAUCACAACAGUACACAAAUACACACACACACACACACACACACACACACACACACACACACAUUUACACAAGCACAUAAAGUCCGAUGAGGCUGGGACUAUCUGGGACUGCUACUUCCUGAAGUGGGAGGAGCUUAAGUCUGUCCAGCAGCCUAUUGGUGGAUCUUCCUACAGCUGGGUUCCUUAAUGUUUAAGGAGGUGGUUUAAAUCAAGGCGACAUGUACCAUUAUCUGAUUUGAUUUCAUUAUUAUUGUUCUUAUUGUUGUUGUCGUUGUUGUUUUCAUAUUAACAAAGGGUAAUGCAUUCACGUAUGGGUUUGUAAUGAUGAUAUUGUCACCAAGAGGCAGACUUUUGCACGCUGUAGCUUUAAGAGCAUGUUUUUGGGACAAAAUCUUGAUCUCUCUCCCCCUUUGUCCGUCUUUCUCCAUGAAACUGCUCCUGUUUAGAGUUUUUCUCUUACUUCUUCUCUUUUCUAUCUUUCUCUCGCAUCCCAUUUCUUCUUCCUCUCUUCCUCUUUAGACUGUCUAAAGACCUUUAGAUAAGAGGUGAACACUUAACUCUGAGCCCCAUCAUGUUGUAAUCAAGGGCGAAAAUAAGUCUUUGUUACAAUUACUGUUAAGAAACGUAGCAAGAAAUAGUCCUAAAUUAAUUGUUAUUUCCUGUUCAAUCAAAUAGAUUGAGGAAAGAUUUGAUUCAUUUAAUUAGAUAAAGUAUUUAGUGCACUUUGGACAUCCAAAGAUUAAAAAAAGGCUCUUCAGUGUUAAAUUCCACUUGGAACUCUCGACCUGUAUUUAUCAAAUUUAAUUCAUGCUUAAAAAAAACACCAUAAUAUCAAAGAAAUACUUCAGGAUUUUAAAUGGGUAUGUCUGAAGUUAAAACAGCCAAUUAGCAUUCAACCUAUCCAUGGUACAUCAACAUUUCUUACAUUUCACACAAAAUAUGAAAAAGCAUUUGAAUCUUAAAAAAUUCUGUUUCCAGGCGUUGUUUGAGCUCAAUCAUCAGAGAAGGAGACCCAAAAACAGGUUACAGUCAUGGAGGCAUCGGCUGCGGGUUUGACACCGGUUGAGGCAUCUGAUCCUCACACUCUCUCCAUCACAUUUAUCUGUUCUAUCCAAUAAAGACAAAAAAAAAAAAUCUGUCAAUCUUCAGCAUCUCCAGUAAAAAUAUUAAACUUGUGUAUUUCUAAUCUUGACAUGGAAACAAAAAGAGGAUAGUUGAUGGUAGGAUGGUUAACCCUGCUGUUGAGAGAUGAAGUCAACCAUGUAAAAAAUGUACUGAAAGUAAUUUAGUGCAGAUAAAAGGGAUACAUUAACGCUGAUAAUAAUACUUAUAAUAAAUUAAAUUUUUUAAGUACUUUUUAUUUAAACAAAUCUCAACGUGCUACAGAAAAACUGCUUUAUUUUUUUAUCAAGAAUCUAUGCCAGGAAAAACCGUUUAAGACAUUAAAAAUGACCGUUUAGAAAUCAUCAGUCUUGGCUGACCUUCUCUUUUUCUUCAGUAAGUCGUUAAGAGACACAAGUAUUAAUUUCAGGCUGUUUCAUUACCUGUUCAAAACUCCUCAUAGUAGCUUUAAUCUGAACUAAUAACAUGACCAAUAAUGUUUGGUACAAUACGUCACAACAUUAUAAAUUGAAGAGCAACUUGUGCAAAAAGAACUACAAUAAAAAGGCUUUCUUUUAUGGCUUUUUCUUUCUUUUCAGUCCAACAGUUUGAUAAAUACAGGCCAGGAUCCUUGGUUUUAAAUCUGUACAUCCCAAAGUCUUUCUCUCUCUCGAGGGCUUCUCUGCCCCUCCCUCCUCCUCUCUGUCUCAUGCCUUCACCGCUCUCCUCCUCUCGUUCUCUACACUCACAGUGUGACUUGAUCACUCCAGCAUCAAUCAGUGUAUCAUCUUCUUCAUCUUCUACUCUAUCAUCACGAUCAUAAUCAUCAGCAUCAUCUUUGUAGCUUCCCGUCUUACUGUAGUUGCACUAACGAGGGCUGCUUUCUGAAAUGCAUCUUAGCAUGACGUGACCGACGUGACCCCAGCGUUUCUGGUGUUUGGACAUGUGAUGCACUCACUUCUCUUCCAGGUGUCAGAGAACAAUAAGCUGGUUCGAAAGAUCGGAAGAGGUUUUUUAAAAAAUUCAGUGCCGUCAUUUUUCUGCUUUGUCGCGCUUUUGUUGCGUAGUGAAAGACUUCAGAUGAACAUACUGUCGGGGCUGACGAGCUGAUGACCUGCAUUAGCAACAGCUGUUUUUUUUUUUUACGCUGAUUUUAUAAGUUUGCGCCUCAAGUGUGCAUGAUUAACACUCAAAUUAGCUCCAUUUGUGAACUUAGCUCAACAUGCAUUACUCCAUACUGCAGGCUCAGGGUGGACAGUGUUCAAGCUUUAAAGGUAUUUUCUUCAUCUCUAAGGUGUUUACAGUCUGCCAUGAUCGAUAGAACAUUUUGAUCAGUGUCUAAAUCCAACAUUUUUACAACCUCUGUUCUCUCUGUUUGGACUACUCAUUUUGAAAUGCAAUACGUUUCCAGGAUUCUGUUUUCAUCUGAGGCACCGUUUCCCACUUUGAUGGAGCUUAAACUUGAACUUUGCAGUAAUAGCUGCCAUGGCUGCUGGUUCUUUUAGACAUUGCAUCUCUCGCUUUGUACACCCCUCUGACAGCGUUGGCCCUUCCAAAGUCGUUGCUGCUCAUAGAGACUGAGGAGGAAGUGAACACGAGUCUCAAAAUAUAUUAAAAAAAAAAAAACCUGCUUUGCAAUGAACAAAACAAAAACUAAUUCUCAGUGUUGUACAGUGUCGCUACAGCUCUUUAAUUGUCCUGCUGCUUUUAUCAGGCCCUGGUUUAUAUGCUGUGCUUUGAGGAACAGUGCUGUGAGCUGUGAUUCAUUAGUGGGAGCCUAAUUUAUCAAGGGCACAACAAAUAGGUGAAUUCAUAAUUAGCCAUUUGUUUCAUCUUGUUCACAUGAUCGUCAGAUUUGGCAAGUGAUCCGUAGUGAUUGUGACUUUUUCUGUUUAAGAAAGAAAACUCAGAGUGUGAAGAAAUAAGCGAUGAAACAUUUUGUUUAGCCUCUGGCAGACAUUUUAUCUCAAGAAAAUACUUUUUGAAUAGGAAACCCUCUUCUGGGAAACAGAAAGGAGAAGCAACUGUCCUGUACUUUAAAGACACUGUAAUGAAGAAGAACCAUCACCUGACUCUGCGAUUCCCCUCCAUUUAUUGACCUUCACAGCGACCUUUUGAACUCACGGGUUUUGCCUCCCUUCUGCAGCUUUACUGAGCCAGACUUUACCCCGAGACGAUAAGCUCACACAUGGUUGAGGUCACAAAUGGAGCUAACCUGAAACAAGAUGAUAUUCUCUGUUGUCAAGCGUAACAUUUGUAAUAUCACGAUGCUUUUGGUAACACAGCCCCUGUACGGACCUUGUCAGCCAUCCACAUCUCUCAUCUCCACCCCCAAUCCCCCCGAGGCCCCCCUCCCGCCCCCUCCAAGCUGACUGGAGACCAGAGACAUUCAGAGAGACGGUUCUGUCAAAAGUGUAGCUCCUAUAGAUCCAAACAAUCAACCAUUUUGACUACAUGUGUUUUUGAAAGCUUCGGUAUUCCCUCACAGCUUCAUGAUUUCUCUCCAAGUAUACUCCUGUAUGAAUCAAGUAAACCAGUGGUGUUGUGAGUUGACAGAACUGGACUCUCUGUACGACUCUGGCUGUGUGUUUUAGCCAGGGGACCAUGCCACUGUCUGUUAGAGUAAAGCACCGAUGCAAAGAAUCUAUAACAGAGAUGGAUCUAUAUCUAACAUAUUAUAAUAUUUAUCCCUGCUCUAACUGCCUAUUUUGGUACAAAAAAUAAAAGUCUUUAUUGAGAUUUA